UGUGGGGAUGCUCUAAACCGAGUACGGCCCCCAGUGUCUUUCCACCUCCUCCUUCUGCAGCGACGGCAGCAGCAGCAGUUAGCAGCGACAACUUGAGGCUGCACCCGGGCAAGGGCCCCAGGGUGGUGCUCCGCUGAGAGGGCGGCUCAGCGCCCCGAAGGGGUGUGUGUAGGGUGGGGGCGGCCGGCUGGGACCAGCUGGUGGCCCUGGAAAACCUCCCACACACCCACACCCACACACCCCUUUUGUGUUACAGGCUGCCCCUGCAAGAGCGGAGGCAGCGAGAGAACGGGAGUGCCUUUCACGAGUCCGCACGGGAGAGCAGUGGGGACGGACACCCAGCAGCACCUCCUGGUCCUCGCUCCAGGGAAAACAGGAAAACAAGAACUAGCAAGAGCUUGAGUGACAAACAUCUGGAUAGGAAGACCAUUCACUUGGCAAUUGCUUCAUUCCUGGAUAUUGCUCUCAAAGUGUCUGAUUAAGAAAACAAAAAAAAGAAUUCUGAAAGAAAGAAAAUAAAGAAAAAUUAUCCCAGAAUUCUUAAGAGAACAUUUCAGCUGAAUCUAAAAUGGUGAGCGAGAGUCAUCACGAGGCCCUGGCAGCCCCGCCAGUCACCACUGUUGCGACUCUUCUACCAAAUAAUACCGCAGAGCCAGCCAGUCCUGGAGAAGGAAAAGAAGGUGGCUUUUCUAAGCUGAAGGAGAAGUUCAUGAAUGAGUUGCACAAAAUUCCAUUGCCACCGUGGGCCUUAAUUGCCAUAGCCAUAGUCGCAGUCCUUUUAGUCCUGACCUGCUGCUUUUGUAUCUGUAAGAAAUGUUUGUUCAAAAAGAAAAACAAGAAGAAGGGAAAGGAAAAGGGAGGCAAGAAUGCCAUUAACAUGAAAGAUGUGAAAGACUUAGGGAAGACAAUGAAAGAUCAGGCCCUUAAGGAUGAUGAUGCUGAAACUGGAUUGACUGAUGGGGAAGAAAAGGAAGAACCCAAAGAAGAGGAGAAAUUGGGAAAACUUCAGUAUUCACUGGAUUACGAUUUCCAGAAUAACCAGCUGCUGGUAGGGAUUAUCCAGGCUGCCGAGCUGCCCGCCUUAGACAUGGGGGGCACAUCUGAUCCCUAUGUAAAAGUGUUCCUGCUGCCCGAUAAAAAGAAGAAAUUUGAGACAAAAGUCCACCGAAAGACCCUCAAUCCUGUCUUUAACGAGCAGUUUACUUUCAAGGUGCCAUACUCGGAAUUGGGUGGCAAAACUCUGGUGAUGGCUGUAUAUGAUUUUGAUCGUUUCUCCAAGCAUGAUAUCAUUGGGGAAUUUAAAGUACCCAUGAACACAGUGGAUUUUGGUCAUGUAACUGAGGAGUGGCGUGAUCUGCAAAGUGCUGAGAAGGAAGAGCAAGAGAAACUGGGUGACAUCUGCUUUUCCCUUCGCUAUGUACCUACCGCUGGUAAACUGACUGUUGUUAUUCUGGAGGCAAAGAACCUGAAGAAGAUGGAUGUGGGUGGCUUAUCUGAUCCUUAUGUGAAGAUUCAUCUGAUGCAGAAUGGCAAGAGGCUGAAGAAGAAAAAGACAACAAUUAAAAAGAACACACUUAACCCCUACUACAAUGAGUCAUUCAGCUUUGAAGUACCUUUUGAGCAAAUCCAGAAAGUGCAAGUGGUGGUAACUGUUUUGGACUAUGACAAGAUUGGCAAGAACGAUGCCAUCGGCAAAGUCUUUGUGGGCUACAACAGCACCGGCGCAGAGCUGCGACACUGGUCAGACAUGCUGGCCAACCCCAGGCGACCCAUUGCUCAGUGGCACACCCUACAGGUAGAGGAGGAAGUUGACGCCAUGCUGGCAGUCAAGAAGUAAAGGAAACAAGCCUUUCUGCAUUUGCCCACAUAGUGCUCUUUAGCCAGUAUCUGUAAAUACCUCAGUAAUAUGGGUCCUUUCAUUUUUUUCUAGCCAUGCAUCCCUAACACAAUUCAGUGGUACUUCAAAUCCUGUUUUAAUUUGCACAAAUUUAAAUGUAGAGAGCCCCUAAGUCCUUCAUCAUGCCACUGCCCUCCAAAUCCACUCUUCUUUUAAGCAAUAUUAUGUGUAGAUAGAGCAUGACUGAAAUUAUUUAUUGUAUCACACUGUUGUAUAUACCAGUAUGCUAAAGAUUUAUUUCUAGUUUGUGUAUUUGUAUGUUGUAAGCGUUUCCUAAUCUAUGUAUAUCUAGAUGUUUUUAAUAAGAUGUUCUAUUUUAAACUAUGUAAAUUGACUGAGAUAUAGGAGAACUGAUAAUAUAUUAUAUGGUAAAUAUAGUAUCGUCUGCAUUCCAGCAAAAAUUUCAACUUGUGAGGCACUAGUACAGUUAAACUGACAUCUUAAAGGACAACUUAAACCUGAGCUUUAUAUUGAAUCAAUUGAGUACCAAGAUACGCUUAUACCACAUAUUUGGUGGGUAAAUCCAAUUUUGUAGAAUUCCUUCACAGGCAAAUUAGCAUGAUCUGAGCAGUAUCCAGGCUGACCUCAAGGAAGCAUAGCCACAAACCAGAAUAGCAUCUGUCUGUACAUAUCUACAGAGCUAAAAUCAUGGCUUCACUCUUACAUUUGAGGAAGCAAUUAAAUAGGAUAUUACUGCAUAUAGAGUAACAACAUGAUGGUGUUCCAUGUUUAUAUGUGUGUGUGCGUAUAUGUGUGAUUUUGUUUGGGGAUGGGGGUGGGUGGGAAAAAGCUGAGGGGAGAAGUCAGCAUUUCUGAAAUAUUGCCUAUUAAAAAGAAAAAAUAGCUCUCCGUUAUCACCUUUAUACAACACGUGCAACCUGUGAAUUCUGUUCCAGAUUUCACAACUAUAAUCAUCCUAAAAGGUAUGCACAUUAGACUUUGUAACAAAAUAUUUUAUUAUACAAAACCAGAGUAGAAGGAAUGCAGAAUAUUUUUAACACAGCAAUCUGUGCUUAUUACAAAAAAAAAAUUACUUUGUGUUAAACAGACAGUAUUGUAAUCCCAUCAAAAGAUGAAAAAAAAAACACAAACAAUUAGCCAUAGUUCUGAAUGCACUUCAAUUAAGCCAAAACAGAUAGCUAGUGAUCUUUUUUAUAUGCUCUUUUUACUUAAAUAAGUUUUAAUUUGUCCUUUAAAAAAAGGUGAAAUAAAACCAAGAACAAGUUCUAGAAACUGAAGCAACCUCUUAUGUAUACUAGAUGCUUGAUGUAGGAGGAAUUUUUAAACGUUUUCAAUGUUAUUAUGUAGUAAAUGGCACUAUUAUGAAGCUAUUAGUCAUUCCCUAAGAGUCUUAAAGGACUGCUCUGUGUAACACUGUGACUGCCGUGUGUGCUUAGAAACAUAGUUUCCUCAGUGGAUAGCACUCAAUUUAUUACGUAGUGAUCUUGUAACAAUACUGCCAUUCCCUUCUACUGCACUGCCCAAGGUGUGUGUAGCACAAACAGUUCUCAUUACAAAGGACCAAUUCAGAACUGAAAAGCUAUGCAUAGGACAAGAAAGACACAUAGAAUGGGGUGAACACACAGCAUUUUGUCAAGCACUGUGCAAUACUCCAUAUUUUUCCUUAUGAUAGACAACCACUUGGUGGGAGGGCAGCCUCUUAUCUCACACUGUAGCUAGACUUUUUUUCACCAACUCACUUCUGUGACCCAUUUUAACUCCUAGGCCACAGAUAGUAGUGAAACUUGAAAGUGGAAGUCUAUCAUCUUCAGAAAUACCAGAACAAAAUGGAGGAAAACUAAGCACCAGUCUCAUGUUCACACUUGAAGAUAUCAUGCCACGUUUUCUAAAAACUCAAAGAGAAUUCAAAAAGGGCCGAUGGUAGGCUUCAAACAUGGCGUUGGCUGAUUCCCGAUAAAACAAGAAUUCCUGUCAUGAUUUUUUCCUCAUCAGAGAAGAAACAAGCUCUUUGGUCUUUCAGCCCAGUCACUGCAAACUCUUUAAGAGCUGGGACACACACAAAGGACAAAAGGAGACUAACAAUCCCCUCUUCUGUCAAUGGUUCAUACUUUUUUAACACAGAUAAUAGAAAAUGCAGAAGUCAUAGGAUGAGAUUAAAUAUCUGUUUGAACAGAAAAUUCAAACAAGACUCUUUACAGUUUAAAUGACCAGACCCUACCAAAGAGAGAGAAUUGAUUGGGUUCGUAAAAUUCAUUAAAUAGCAGAAACUGAAAUUUAAUUUCACUGUUUUCAGCUUUAAGUUGUUCACACUGAAACAACACUUUAAAAACAAGCAGGUUCAAACUGUCGAAUAUGCAUUAUUUCUUGCAUUAAAGUACAGUUAAUGCAUUCUCUUGCAGCACUGCCAGACAUGGGGUUGUCACCACAGAAUUAGUUGGUACUAGGCCAUCUUUCACAAAUCAGUGACUGAACCUGCUUGCUAAGAUUCAUCCUCAGAUAAGCCACAUGUAUCUCUCUGACAAAGCUGUGUGAAGUAUUAGAAUCUGAUGCUCUAGAAUGAUCCUAGUUGCCUUUGUGUAUAUUUAACUGCCUGCUUGAGUGUUCUAUGUGGGGGUUUUCUCUGUAUCUUGUAGAAAUGUUGGGGUGUUUUCUUCUGCCAUAUGGCUCGUGGCCCACGAGCCAACUACUUUAGCUGUAUUUUACCUUCAUUUUUGAUGAGGUGGUUUAAAUUUUGUUUCACUGUGUAGUGAAUUCCACAGUAGUUUUCUGAUUGUUGUUAAAAAUGACUUAACAUUACACAGAUAUUCAAUAAAAAUGUUUUAUUUCCUGUUGA